AUGCCGCAGGGUGAAACAUUCUGUAGCGCUGUCUCAAAAGUGCUAUUCAUAUCACAGAUUUUCGCACUGUUGCCAGUGAGCCAUAUACGUUCUCUGAAUGUCGAGGGCAUUGUAUUUAAAUGGUUAAGUCCACAUAUUUUCUAUUCGAUCAUCAUUGCGAUAUUGAAUAUAUGUGAAUUUGGUGCCGUGUUAAAUUUUGUCAGCAAUGUGGCCAUUAAUUUCCAUAACUCGAGCACUCUAUCCUUGUAUAUCGUCUGUUUGCUUGAACACUUCUUCUUCUGGAGAUUGGCCAUUAAAUGGCCAAGGAUAAUGAGAAAAUGGCAUGCUGUGGAGCAAUUAUUUCUAAGCGUACCAUAUCGUUUCUAUGGUGAAUAUAAAAUUAAGAAACGAAUCUAUAUAGUAUUCAGUAUAGUAAUGUCAUCGGCCCUGGUGGAGCACUGCCUGCUGUUGCUCAAUUCGUUUCAUCUCAGCAAUAUGGAGCGUACACAAUGCAAAAUCAAUGUCACCUACUUUGAAAGCGUUUACAAAUGGGAACGUCCUCAUUUGUAUAUGAUUUUACCCUAUCACUUCUGGCUGUUGCCCCUGUUCGAAUGGAUCAACUUGACCAUAGCAUAUCCACGUUCCUUUACCGAUUGCUUUAUAAUGUGCAUUGGCAUCGGCUUGGCAGCCCGAUUCCAUCAGCUGCAUCGUCGGAUUGCUGCAGUUCAUCGCAAGGUGAUGCCAGGCAUAUUCUGGACUGAAGUUCGUGAGCAUUAUUUGGCCUUGAAGCGUUUGGUUCGUCUAUUAGACGGAGCUAUUGCCCCCUUGGUUCUAUUGGCCUUUGGCAAUAAUAUGUCAUUCAUAUGUUUUCAGCUCUUCAAUAGCUUCAAAAAUAUUGGAGUGGAUUUUAUUGUUAUGUUGGCUUUUUGGUAUUCUCUGGUCUUUGCCAUAUUACGCACUAUGCUGACCAUUUUUGUGGCCUCAUCCAUCAAUGAUUUUGAGCGUAAAAUUGUCAUUGCUCUUAGAGAUGUCCCGGCUAAGGCUUGGUCCAUUGAGGUGCAACGUUUCAGUGAGCAAUUGGGUAAUGAUAUGACCGCUUUAUCUGGCAAUGGCUUCUUCUUACUAACACGACAACUAGUCCUGACCAUGGGUACUACCAUUAUAACCUAUGAGCUUAUGAUAUCCGAUGUUAUUAAUCAAGGUGCCAUUAGGCAAAAGACUCAAUACUGCAGAGAAUAUUAA